AUGUAUGAGAAAUUUGAACAGGGAAAACUUUUACAAGUUAGUUUGCUUGUAAACUUAGAAACAACUCUUCAAGCUUUUCAAGAAAAAAUAAACAAUAUCUAUAUCGAAUAUGCAAACCAGUAUAACAUUGACGAAGGAGAGUACCAUCUCGAUAUUAUUUAUGACAGGAAAAAUGCAACUGUUAAAAUCAAUAGAAUAGAAGACUUUGGAGAAAACGUUUAUAUUUCUACAAAAUAUAACAACUUGGCAUGGUAUAGAUUUAUGAGGAUGUUAAAUCAGCCUGCAGCAUAUCCAGUACACCCAGACUUUUAUGAAGUCGAAAACCCUAAUGGAACAUAUGAAAAUGUUUUCGACCAAGAUGCUAUUAUUGUUCAUGCUUCAUUUUCUGGCGCCCAAAACUCUUUCUUAUGCUUGGCAAAUGACUUUUACGAAAAACCUACAAAGUUAUACGAACCACCAAGUGGAAGUAUUUCAGACUUUCAAGUAUGGUUUACUACAGAUGGAAGAAAAAGAAUAAUUCCAUUAUACCACGCGUUUUACUUAGAACUUAGUUUCAUAUACAACUACUAUCGAACGGUAAAAAUAUAA